AUGGCAGCACCUCAACAAACAGCUGCAAAUUUUUGGCGCGGUUGUCGAAUUGGCUUUUGGCUAUCGAAAAAAGCAAGAAAUAUGCGUGCAGACCAAAAACAAACAGUUGCUGUCAAUCGAGAGUCGCGUAGACGUGCUGCAGUCGAAUGUGAAGCCGCUUUUGGUAGUCCAGUUAGAAAAGUUGGUGGUGUUGAUAGUUUCAAAAACAACUCAUCACAAAAAAACAAAAAAAUGAGUAGUGAAAAGGGCAAGUUAUUAAAAAGUCGGGAAAAUAGUGAACCACGAACGGUGACGCCUACGGCCGGAACAGCCUCGGCGGAUAUGGAGGGAAGAAGGAAAGAUGCGUCGACAUGUAUUGGUUCAAAUCAUAAACUAUCAUCGUCUACGCCACGAAGAAAACGUGAUUUAUUGGCAAAUUUAUAUUCUGAUUUGAGUCCAAAGUAUAUCGGAUUUAGUACACCACCUUCAUCUACUGCAGGUGGUAACAAUGGUAGUGAGAGCGACGGGGGCUUACAAACGAGAAGUGCUCGCCGCCGCAAAUUACUUGUGUAUGCCGAUAGUCCCGAUUUGGGUGGUAGCGAUAGUGAAGUUUUAGCGGAUACUUCAACAACGCUACUAGGCUGUGUGAGACGUACCGGUAACGAAUCGGUAACGCCUUCGCCAAAUAGGUUAUCAGCGCGCAAGAAGUUUGAAAGUCCCAUUGAUAAAUUGCUUGCACGAAACGGUUCAGUGGUACUAAAUGACAUUAGCAAAGAAAAAAUAGUGAAAAGCUUAGACGUGAGUGCAGAGCCUAAAUUAAAUACCAUAAAUAGUGAAAGUGCACCUGAGCCAAAAGAAGAAUGCACUGAAACUCAGUGCGACGAGCUGAACACCAACGAUUUGACAGAAGUGGCAGAAACGCCGCAGGAAAAUUGCCAAACAAAUUCUGAAGAAACGGAAUGCAAUGGAUUUGAUACAAUAGAAAAAGCGAUUGAAGAAGGCGUCAAUGAAGAUGUCCAGGAUAAUCAAGAAGGAUGUAAAGAAAUGAUUAUAGACACUGAAAAGAAAGCAGACAAUUCGGAAGGGCGCUCAACUGAAACCGCUACUGAGGUGAAAAGUAAAGAAAUUCCGGAUGUGCAAAAUCAAUUAGCAAUCUAUUGUGGGUCCCCAGCAAAAGAGAACGAUAAUAAAGAUCAAAUUGGGAAUACAAAGAUUCCUGAAAAAUCAGAACUUUCUGAAGAAAAUUUUCUUAGCAAUCAAGUAGUAGUAGUUAAGAUAGAAAAUGAAAGUUUCGAAAAUAUUGCAGAAUGCAAUUCAGAAAUCGUGGAGAAUCACACUGAUAGUGCAGACGCGAUAUUGCAGUAUGACGCGGAAGGAGGGGAAAGCGGUGAAUCAAUGAUAUUAAAUAAUGCUGUCGGCAUGAGUGCAAAAUCGCCUUCAGCUGUCAGCUUAGAUAGUGCGAAGGGUUCCUCCGUUGUGACCGGUAUGGCAUGGAUGUCGUUUACAACCGGAGAUCUCUUCUGGGGACAAAUAUACACGUACUGCUAUUGGCCUUGCAUCGUUUGUCCGGACCCCGACGGGAAGACGAUUACCACUGAACGAAAUGUGCGUAAUAGCGAAGAGUAUGUCUUGGUGCAUGUGCGCUUCUUUGCUGAUAGCGGUCGGAGAAACUGGGUGAAACGCGAGAAUCUUAUUCCAUAUACCGAUCUCGAAAAUUACAAACAACAUAUGCGCGAAGUACGCAAAAAGUAUGGCAAGAAGAGUGCCAAAUACAGGUUACUCUUACCAAAGCCCAGCAAAGUAAUGAUUUGGCGGGAAGCAAUCAAAGAAGCAAAUAAGGUCGCCGAAAUUCUCUAUGAAGAUAGAUUAAAAAAGUUCUUUGAAAUGUACGAGCACAAGAAAAGCCUGCAAAAAUUACAAAGGAAACAACGCAAAUUGAGUAUCGACAACGGCAGUAGUACCAGUAGUUUUCGACACGACUCAAUGGAAAGUUUGAUUGUAAAGAAUCCCCUGGCUGCAGGAAAAAGAGACCGAUCUGCUUCGCCAUAUAGCCCGGCCUUCUCGCCACUGAAAUCAGUAUCAAGCAUCAAGCGAAGAAAAUUAAGCGAUGCUUCAAAUCAUGGAGCAGAGGUAUCAGAAAAGAUUGCCGAAAAUAACAGCGAUGUUAUUGAAAGCUCUAAAAAUGCCAGUACGACGCAAACGAUGGACGGAGAUGCAAAUACGUCGAGCUCAUUUACAUCUUUGCAUGCGGUAGAGCUAAGCAGCAGCGACGAAUACAGAAACUUCUACCAUGCAAUGAAAGAAUUUGUACUGGAAGAUAAUAAAGAUGAAAUUUUAGAAAGAAGUUUGAUUGUGGCAGCUCGAAACAUUUGGGCCCUGAAGCAAAUUAAUCGGCAACAAAUGCAGAGACGGUUACUGUCGGUCAGUAAUGAGCAAGAGCUGGGCUCCAGUCUUGUUGAAAGUGGCAGUAAUCAAGGCACUGUUAAAAGACUGUCCAAUAGGUUGAGAACUAUGAGGUGCCGUCAUAGCUUACCUGCAAAAAUUAAAGCCGUGCCACAAAUUGAAAUACUGGAAAGCCAGCCAAGUAAGGAUCAGGUAGUUCAGUCAGUUGAAAAGCCGAAGCGGCCUUUGAAUCGACCCAUUGAGGAAGUUAUCGAUGACAUUUUCAACUUAGAUAACAAGUAUUUAUUUCGGGGAUUGGCUCGUGAUCCCGUUUGUAAGUACUGUCUUCACCCCGGUGGUCUGUUGGUUAGGUGUGCCAAAGGCUGUCUAUCAUGGUUGCAUGCUGAUUGCAUUGGAAAAAAUCCAAAUGUGGGAAAGAAGCCGAAAGCUGCGAUGGGUCGAAAAUACGAGAGUAGCAAAUCAAGGCGCGAUUCGGCAAAAUGGUCAAUUGAUACAAAAACUUCGCAAAAUAUUCAUCCAGAUUUUGAUCAAGAACGGGCUGGUACAUCGUUAUCAGUAAUAUCCUACCAUGUUACUGCGGACGCUGACGCUGAACCCGAUGUUGAUAGCAGCAUCAACGAAAAAGUUACAGAUGUUGUUUGUGACUCCUGCGCUUUGGGGAAACCACCCAUCUGUGCUGUGUGUACAAGCGAUAAUCCUUCCGAACCUAGCAGAGAGGAACUCGUCAUGUGCAACAUGCCUCAUUGUUCUAAAGCGUUCCAUCCAUCCUGUUGCAGAUAUUGGCCUCAAGCAAAAUUUACCAAAUCGAAAAACAAAAUCGAGUCUUUUCGCUGUCCAUCUCACGUUUGCCAUACGUGUGUGUCAGAUGAUCCCAAGGGCAAAUUUCAACAUUUAAGUAAUUCCAAACUUACGAAAUGCGUUAAAUGCCCUGCCAGCUAUCACAUGGACUCAACGUGCAUACCGGCAGGUUCCCAGAUACUAACUGCAGCACAUAUCAUUUGCCCACGCCACAACGACUCUGGUAAAUCCGAUGCGCACGUGAACGUCAAUUGGUGCUUCAUUUGCGUAGGCGGCGGACAAGUAGUUUGUUGUGAAACAUGUCCCACCGCUGUUCAUGCAAAAUGCUUGAACAUCCCACUGGAUCCAAGUGAAGGUUACAUAUGUGAGGAGUGCGAGUCCGGUCGUUUGCCACUAUAUGGAGAAAUGGUGUGGGCCAAGUUCAACUCAUUUCGGUGGUGGCCGGCUAUAAUCCUACCACCCACGGAAAUACCACAAAAUAUAAGACGAAAAUCACAUAAUUCGAAUGAUUUCGUCGUUCGCUUUUUUGGUACACAUGAUCAUGGAUGGAUAUCCAGGCGGCGUGUUUACCUAUAUUUGGAGGGUGACAGCUCCGAGCCGCCCAAAACGAAAUCAAGUUUAGACCAGAGUUAUAACAGAGGUGUAGAGGAGGCUAAGCGCAUAUAUGAAAUUAUUAAGUCAAAGAAACUCGCACAACGUCUAUCGAACGAAAGCAAAGAAAAGUUGCAUCCGCAACCGUAUGUGCGCAUAAAGGCAAAUCGUGCCGUUCAUCCCGUCAAAUUACAUAUUGACUUGGAUAAGGUGAAUAAAUGCGAAUGCAAGACGUACGAUAAAGAUCCAUGUGGGCCAAACUCAAAUUGCUUAAAUCGCGUUCUCUAUCAUGAGUGCAAUCCAAAGGUGUGUCCAGCGGGUGAACGCUGUCAGAACCAAAUGUUUGAGUCAAAAUUGUCGCCUCGUCUUGACGUUGUCUAUCUGAGAGAGCGGGGAUUCGGUUUAGUGUGUCGUGAGCCAAUCAGUAUAGGAGAUUUUGUCAUUGAAUAUGUUGGCGAAAUUAUUGAUGACAAUGAGUUUAGGCAACGAAUGUCUCAGAAGUCUUUAGAUCGUGAUGAGAACUUCUAUUUUCUAUCCGUGGAAAAGGACUAUAUUAUUGACGCGGGACCAAAAGGAAAUUUGGCACGUUUCAUGAAUCAUUCCUGCGAUCCGAAUUGUGAGACACAGAAAUGGUCAGUGAACGGUUUGAACCGUAUAGGACUUUUUGCUAUAAAAGAUAUACCGGCGGACACAGAGCUCACUUUCAAUUAUCACUGGGAUGAUUUGCUUGGCAAUGAGAAGAAAAUAUGCUUAUGUGGCGCAGCAAAAUGUGCUGGUGAAAUUGGUGGAAAAAACAAAGAAGAAAAAGUGCCUAAAGAGAAUUCUGCUGUGGAUGUCAAUAAGGCAAAGUCCAGUGCUGCACGUAAAAGGAAGCCGCUGAAAAGGCUGCAGAAUCGUAUGCGCGAAGGAAAUGAGAAGAGAGAUCGAAAAAAGCUGUCGAAUAAUGUUAGUGUUAAGACUCAGGAGAAAUCGGCUAAAGCCAAUACAAGCACUAAAUUGGCAGAUCAACAAUUAUCUGGAAACACGGGUAAUGAUGCGCCGGAGGAAGAUAGUAACAUAAUCGAUAUUACAGCCAAUGACGAUGAAAAUGGCGAAUCUACAAAUCUAUUUUGAUACAAGUAAUUUUUCAGUUCGCAUCUCGUUUCGUGCAUGUAUAGAGAUAUCCUUAAAAAUUUCUGUUUAUAACGUGAGUAAAAAUUUUAUUGUUUAAAAAUUGUUUU